GGCAAGUCCACCACUCUUCCCGUCACCCUCUCCACCCACGGCUAUAUGCCAUUCAAGCAACGACACAGCGCUCAGUAGACAAAUUGAGCGAGCACAACAAUGACAGCUUCCUCCAAGGCACCGCCUCGACCUACAUCGACACCAUGUACACAUCAUGGAAAGCUGACCCAACCUCCGUACAUGUCUCCUGGCAAGCAUACUUCCACAACGUUGAGAACGGACAUGUCGCAAUUGAGCAGGCUUUCAUCCCUCCGCCAGAACUAGUAUCUGCAACUUCUACGAUACCCAAACCAACAAAUGCUACACACGCGCAACUGGAGACAGUGAAGCAGCUCAAAGCCAUCCACUUAAUACAGGCAUAUCAGCGCUGGGGCCACGAACACGCCAACAUCGACCCGUUAGGAAUGCUCAACGAAGGAAACGUCCGGAAGAAGGAGUUGUCCCUGUCGCAUUAUGGCCUCGGACCUGAGGAUCUAGAUAUGAUCAUCCCUGUUGGGUUAGGUGCGCAGGAUUUCACCGCGACGAAGAGCAUGACUUUGCGGGAGGUCAUCGCCAUCUGCGAGGAAGCCUACUGUGGAAGUAUGGGUGUCGAGUACAUGCACAUUUCGGACCAGGAGCAGGUAGAAUGGAUCCGGAGGCGGAUCGAGGGGCCAGAACGCCAUAUAUUCUCGAAUGAGGAGAAGAAACGUAUCUUGGAUGGCUUAGUACGCGCUACGGCUUGGGAGAAGUUCCUCGCUACGAAGUUUCCCAAUGAGAAGCGAUUUGGGCUCGAUGGAAUCGAAAGCUACAUCCCUGCGUUCGAGGCGGCCGUAGACCGAUCGGCUGAGAAUGGUGUUGAGCAUAUUGAGAUGGGCGUGGGCCAUCGCGGGCGCAUGAAUGCGCUAUAUAAUAUUGUUGGAAAAGAUGGCGCGUCCAUGUUGCGGGAUUUCGAUUCCAAGGAGACUUCAGCUUGGGUUAUACCCGGAGAUGUUAAGUAUCACUAUGGGGGAAGUGGUGAGAGGGUGACUGCUUCCGGGAAGAAAGUGUAUAUGAAUAUGGCCCCGCAGCCGUCGCAUGUCGAAUCGGUGAACCCGGUUGUUAUGGGGAAGACGAGGGCGAUUCAAGAUGGGAAGAAUGGCGAUAGUGAGAAGACGAUGAUGUUGAAUGUACAUACCGACGCGGCUUUUGCUGGCCAAGGAACAGUGUAUGAGACGCUGGGACUGGCUGCAUUGAAAGGGUACGAGAUUGGUGGAACGUUAAGAUUCAUCGUGAACAAUCAGGUUGGGUUCACGACCGAUGCCUGGCAGGCGAGGUCGUCGCCAUAUUGCACAGACGUGGCGAAAAUCUUGGACGCACCAGUUAUUCAUGUCAAUGGUGACGAUGUCGAGGCAGUGGUUCUUGCUGGUAUACUCGCUGCAGAUUUCCGGGCAACAUUCAAUAAAGAUUUCCUCGUCGACAUCGUUUGCUAUCGGCGCAAUGGGCAUAACGAGAUGGACCAGGCCUCAUUCACCCAGCCAACGAUGUAUGAGCGCAUCGCGGAGAAGAAGAAUAUUCUCGAUGGGUAUGAGGCUAGCAUGAUCUCAAAAGGCGUCGUCAUGAGAGAGGAAGUCCAGAGGAUGAAAGAUAAAGCCUGGGCAGAACUUCUGGAAUGUUUCGGCAAGAGGAAAGAGCAGAAGCCUGAUCCAAAAGAGUGGCUAAUCGAUUCGUGGAAAGGAUUGAAGGCGCCAACAGAGUCGAAUAUGGAAACACUACCACCGAAGGUGACUGCAGUCAGUCACGAAUCCAUCGAGGCCGUGUCUAAGAAGCUUGGAGCGGAGGUCCCGCAAGGCUUCGAGCUACAUAAGAAUCUAGAAAGAAUUCUUUCUCGCCGGCAACAAACAGUGACGACUGGAAAAGAUAUUGACUGGGCUACUGCCGAAGCUCUAGCAUUCGGAACGCUUCUCCGUGACGGUACAGGGGUUCGAGUAGCCGGACAGGAUGUCGAACGAGGCACCUUUUCUCAGCGUCAUGCCGUUCUCCACGACCAACGAACCAACAAAACAUACACACCCUUAAGCACCAUCAACCCAGGCCAGAGCUUAUUCACCAUAACCAAUUCGUCCUUGAGUGAGACUGCAGCAAUGGGUUUUGAGUUUGGAUACUCAUUGGCAGAUCCAAAUGCUCUCGUGAUGUGGGAAGCCCAGUUCGGCGACUUUGCAAACAACGCUCAAGUUAUCAUUGAUAACUAUAUUGCAUCUUCUGAGAAGAAGUGGCUCCAGCGCUCUGGAGUGGUUCUUUCGUUGCCUCAUGGCUACGACGGCCAAGGACCGGAACAUACUUCAGCCCGCUUGGAGCGAUUCUUGCAACUGGGCGACGAAGAUUCGAGGCAUUUCCCAACACCAAAGCAGCUCCAGCGCCAGCAUCAGGAUACUAACAUACAGAUUGUGUGCAUGACAAGUCCUGCAAACUACUUCCACGUUUUGCGUCGGCAAGUUCACCGGGACUUCAGAAAGCCUCUUAUCAUACUCUUUUCCAAGUCCCUACUGCGCCACCCCCUUGCACGUUCGGAUAUUGAACAGUUCAUAGAGACUCCCUACUUCCAACCGUUGCUCUCCGAAACCCAGCACGGUAUUACUAUCAAUAAGCCGGAGGACAUCAAGCGUGUCAUCUUCUGCUCCGGCCAAGUGUAUGCGGCGCUCUACAAGUAUCGCGAAACACAUGGCCUCAAAGACACGGCUAUUACACGGAUUGAGGAACUUCAUCCGUUUCCGUGGGAGCAAGUUAGACAAAAUUUGGAUAACUACGCGAACGCAACAGAUGUUGUUUGGUGCCAAGAAGAAACGCUUAAUGGUGGCGCUUGGGGUCAUAUUAUGCCCAGGUUCGAGGUUAUUCUGUCUAAGACGAAGCAUCAUACAGAUAAGAAAGUACGGUAUGCAGGGAGGGAUCCAAUGUCAAGUGUUGCAGUGGGGUAUAAGGUGCUUCACGCCAUUGAGGAAGAAAAGGUCAUGAGUGACGCGUUUCAGGUGUCUUCCCGUCAAUGAUCAAUUCUUCACAUAGCUUUAUAGAUCGAGGUACCGAUGUCUUUAUCAUUAUACUAACGGAC